UUUCGCGCAAAAUGUCAAGCGUUUCGAACAAAUUUAAAAACGGACAAAACAAAAAAUAAAACAUCACUUCCAAAUCCAAAUAAAAAAAUCAUUUUGCUAUUUUGUUUUAAUUCCAAAACUGUCUUAAAUGUUUACCAUUUUAUUUAGAUAACUAAUAAGAAAUGUUUAAAACAGGAGUACUCGAUGUCCAAGGAAAGAAAUUCAUUCUUAAAUUUGGAAAGGAAUACUUGGUGGGACGUAAAUCCAAAGAAUAUCUUCAUGACAUUGAAAUUGAUGAUCCGUCUGUCGACAUCAAACAUUCAUUAAUAGAUUUAACACAAACUGCGUCACCUCUUGUCUUCGACGUUUGCUCAAAAAAUGGAACUUAUAUUGACGGUGUGCAGAUUCUCAGAUUUCAUAGUGCUACUCUGUCGGAAACAACAAAACUCCGAUUUGGAAAUGUUGACACAUCUCUGCAAUUUUUGGUUGAGAGCGACAGUGGAUUCCUCGAACAACGAUUUAAUUCUUCGACGAAGGACACUUCAGAUAUCAUCUGCAAUACCCCCGAACAAAUUGUUUCAUCUGGAAGUCGUUUGAAAAAUUCUCUUAAAAGCUCCUUAACUUCAACACCAAAUAUAUCAACUGCCACCAGUACACCAAAUGCUUCCAAGUCCAUCGAUAAUUUCUUAAUUCCAUCAUGUUUGCCACGCAGUUCAAUAGGUAGCAAUACAAGCGCCCGGAGCGCUGACAGUUUCUAUAUUCCAGAAACCCAACAUGUACCAGAAGCCAUCACAAGUAAAACGAACAACACCACAGAUAUUUCUGUUCACAGCAAUACAUCCAAGAAAAACAGCACAGCUGGAGAUGAUGAUUUCUUUAUACCGGAAACCCAAGAAGUCAUCAAUUUAGCUAUUCCACUUCCCAACCAUGCAAGGGUAGCUUUUCCCAGUGAUGAUGUAAAUGAAACAUUAUCUCAGGAAGACAGAAUUCCUUCAAGUCAAUUUCGCAUUUGUACACAAGAUUUCAAUGGAAGCGAUGAAGAUCUUAGUAAUCAUUCAGGUGAUAUUUUGGCUAAUGUACCAUUAUCGAUGAUUAUUCCACCUAUACAACAUGCAACGGUCCAAGUUGAUGAUUUUGUUAAAGAUGAAGAGGAUGAAAUGGAUAAGGAAAUGUCUGCAUUACAGUGGUCCAAGAAAACUGUGGAUGACGAUGCAGAUGGAUCUGUUACUCCUGAUGACCUAUUUGAUGUUGUUGGUUCUGUGACUUCUGAUUUAAUUCAAGUUAAAAGUACGGAAAAUGCUGUCUCGCAGGCCAGCACGCCUGACAUCUUUGCAAACCCAGAAGAACUUGAAGAUGUGGAAAGAACUUCAAAUAUUGAGAAUAUGGAAAAAGUAGAUAAAGGAAAUGUAUGGGAAGACAAUAAAAUCUCCGAUGCUGUUGAAAAUAACAAAAACCUUGAAAUUCUUUCAAAAGAAAGAAAUAUCAGUGAAGGGGCCGAAAAUGAUGCAACUACGACAAAAGAGGCGAGCCAAAAAAACCAAACUGUCUCCCCCACAGAAAUUGAUUAUCCACCAACUCAAGCUUUUUUCAAGCCAAUUCCCAAGAACAAAUCAAUAGUAAUUCCUGAUUUUGAGGCUCCUCCGGUAAGAGAAUAUAAUGGAAGCGAAGAUGAUAGCGACUUUUUGCCAGAAACGCAAGCUUUUACGCCUCCAACAGCCAAACCUAAACCUGUUGUAUCUAAUUCACUAGUAAAACCUCAAAUAUCUCCCGCUUCCAAUUCGAACUUCUUGCCAGAAACACAAGUUUUUACUCCACCAACAACCAAACCUAAACCUGUUGUACUUAAUGCCUUAGUAAAACCUCAAAUUUCUCCAGCUUCUAAUACCAAUAAGCCAAACAAUUCAACAACAUUGCCCAAUUUGGGGAAAAAUCAUGUUUUUGCUCUACCCUUCGCUUCUCCAAGACCAUCACCAAAACCUCUGGUAUCACCAAGACCUCAAGCAUUACCAAGACCUCAAGCAUCACCAAAACCUAAGGCAUCACCAAAACCACAAGAAUCACAUAAACCUUCUACUUCUGCAGUGCCAGCAGACGAAGACGAUCUUCCGCCAACUCAAGUCUUUCUGAAAGAAGACCAUGCUCCACUACCAAUCAUUACAAAUGUUUGUUUCUCCUCGACUCUUGUUGACAAUGACAUGCAAUUGUCUGAGAACAGCUUUAAAGCUAAAUUUAAUAAACUCCUUGACUCUGAUGAUGAUGAAAUGGACGAAGUGGUUGCUCCGGAAUUGGUUAAACAAAUGCGUCUAUCGCUGGAAAAUCCUGCACAACCAGUUGGAUUAAUUGAAAUUCCACUAACACCAGAAGACACCCCAACAGUGCCUUCAAAGGAAACAGAAAAUACUCCAGCAGAUAAGAAUUCUCCUACUCCUGCGUCGACUCCAGACAAUACAAAUUUCCGACUUCCAGUUAAGGCACCAAAGACUGGCUCCAAGGCACCGGCAGUUAGUAUUGAUAAUUUUAUGCUUACGCCAGACUUUUUAGGUAAAGAGUUUUCAAAGAAUUCACAACUGCAGCGGGAAGCCGAAGUAAAUUGGCGAAAUCUUGUUUUAGAGAAACGUACAAAGGCGCUUUUUGGUGAAGACAAAGAUGGUAAAUUGAUAAAUAGUGACUCAGAUGAAAGCCAAGAUUCGUUUAUUGAUUUGUUGCCAAACAGAAAAGAAAUAAGAUCAAAAUCUGUGAAUAAAUCUGAAAAUGAAAAGGUUGAACAACCCAAAAAAGUAGAAGAAGAGGCUGUGUGUGGAAGAAUAACUCGACGGAAGUCGACAUUGCAAACAGAUGCUAAACAGGGUGCCAAGAAAACUAAUAGUAUCACAAAAGAAGAAGAUGAUAAGAAAGAAAUAAAGAGAAGAGGUAGAAAGAAAAAAGAACUACAAACUUCGGAAACAAAAGAUCAAAAACCAGAGGCUGCAAAAGCAUCAAAAGAAUCUAAAAUCGAUGUGAAUGAAAAAAUCUCUAAAAAAGAAAAAAAAUCAAAAUCAGAUAAGGAACUUAAAACUGAGAAAGAAAAGAAGGUCGAAAAUGAUUCCAAAACAGAAAAAAAACCGUCAAGAGUCAAAGAUGACAAGGACGCUAAAAUUGUAAAGAACUCAGCGGUCGCUGAAAAUUCUAGUGUUUCCAGAAAUUCGAGUUCCAUGAAAGAUUGCAGUUUAGCCAAAUCGAAUUCAGUUAAAGAAGACAAACUUUCAGAAAAACCCAGUUUCACAAAAGAGUCAAGUUCCAAUAAAAAUUCAAGUGCCAUUAAACAUCACAAUGAAGUAAAACCAUCACCUACAGUCUCUAGAGACUCUAGUUUAACUCGUUCAACUAGUACCACAAGUGUUAACACAUCGAAAGAACUAAAAGAAAAAAUCGAAUCAUCGAAGAAACCAUCGAAUGAGAGAACAACACGAACACGACGAAAAGUUGAAGAACCAAUCAAAGUUGAAGAGAAAUCAAGUAAAUCAAAAGCUGUUAAACGAAAUGCUGAAGUCACAAAGACUUCAAGUAAAGCUUCAAAAAUUAAUAAACUAGAUGAGAUUGAUGUUAUGAGUAAAAGUAAGCAAGCUGAUGAUAAACCUUCACCUCGAAUAACUCGACUUAGAAGCAAUGCAGAUUUGAAAGCUGAAGAAAAAAAAGUCACUUUAAACAAUAAUCGAGAGAAAAGGGAAACAAUGAAGAAAGAUGCAGUAAAAAAAGAAGCAGCUAAAAAUGAUGCAUUGAAAAAAGACGAAUCUACGAAAAAGGAAUCUGCUAUAAACAAUAACCGAACAAAUGAAAGCUUAAUUGACUUGACAGACUCUGAUGUAGAAGACAAAACCAUCGUGAAAAAACCCUCAAGGAAGAGAAAAAGUCAAGAAGAAUAUAAUUACAAGGGGCGCAUAUCGGAAAUAAGUGGAUCUCAGAGUUCUGUCAAUAGUUCGGAUUCAGAUAGAACACUUCGAAGAAAGAAAAAAAUGAAAAUUGCCAUGACAUCAAGCUCUCCAGCAACUAGAGAAGCUCUAAUUCGAUAUUCUGGAAGAGUUUGGGACUACACCGAAGAUCCAAAAGAGUGUGAUGUUUUAAUUGUAGAAGUAGGCAAUCGAACAUACAAACUAUUGGUUGCAAUUGCUCGAGGUGUACCUGUUGUUAAAGUUGAUUGGUUAAAAGAAGUCAUUAGUCUGAGAUCCACAGAUGUGUCAUUCGACAAAUAUCUAUUUGACGAACCAAAUUUUCAAAAACGUCAUAAAUUCCUUAUGCGAGAUGUUCUUCAAUUGGCAAGGACUGUUGCUCUCUUUAAAGAUUUGAAUUUUAUGAUGACACCGAAUAUAGUUCCGCAACCUGAUGAAAUGAAAGAUAUUAUAACUUGCGCUGGAGGAACAGUCCUGACUAACAUUCCUACUGGCAAAAAUGAUCAACCAUUUUAUUUGGUGUCUGAAAAAACUGAUAGUCAACUUUGGUACCGAUAUCGACGUGCUAGUCAGAAUGUUAAGGUGGUAACGGCCACAAGUUUGAUGGCGGCUGUGAUGCAGCAAUCUUUGGAUCCCCUCAUUGAAAGCAUUCGCUGAGAAAAAAAAGAUUGCCUGCGUUUUUAAACUUCGUUUUGUAUUAUUUUUUAUUAACCUGUUUAUCUGUUAUUUUAAGUUUUUUUUUCAUGUUUAAAAAAAGUAAAAAUUUACCGAAAAGUACAAAAAACAUCAAA